UCGCUUUGUCGACCAAACAUUCUGCCUAGCAGGACGAACCAGUUACAGGUGGACAGACUGCCAUCAGCAACCAGAGGGAGGGAAUUUGAACACACACACUCUCCAACACACACAGGCUGACUAUGGGGAUGGUUGAGAAGUGACCGAUCAAGACAGCAACCAAGAAAGACAAACUGGACCUGACUUGAGCCUCAUCUCUCUCUCCCUCUCUCUUUCUCUACCUCCUUCCUUCUCUCUGUCCUAUCCCAGCAGUAUGCGGGCUGUGUCUGCGCUAGUGUUCCUGGCCGUGGGUGUGAUGGUGGUGUUGAUGUACCAGGCGGUCCGCCAGGAGCUGACUCUGCGGGGUCUUAAAGCCCGCGCUCUGGAGAGCUCCUCUCAGGUCAAGCAGAAGGAGAACGACAUCGUCCAGGUCAAGAUGAAGAUCCAGAAGCUGAAUGGUGAGCUGGAGCCCAUCAACACCAAGAGAGAGGAGCUGACUAAGAAGAAGGAGCAGUCUGCUAAAGCCACAGGCGAGGUGGACAAGAGUCUAAAGACCUGUCAUACAGAGAAGGCCGAUGCGGAGAAAAAGAAGACUGAGGCGUCGGCGGCCCUUCAGAAAGUUAAAGAUGAUCAAGAAGCACAGAAGAAGAAAGCUCAGGAGGAGAUCCAGGCAUUGAAACAGCAGAUUCUGGAGCGGGACAAGGCACUGUGUGCCUUUGUGGACCAGACCAAUGAGGAAGGACGGAAGCUGUGUGGAAUCACAGAGGCCCCAAAAUGAAGACUUGGACUAGACUAU